AUGGCCGUCUCCAAACUUGCUUCCCCUGUAGUGGGAGCCAUCACGAAUCCUUUGAUCACGGGACCCUUGCUUUUAUUGCUCACCAAAGCCCCUGACCACGUCAAAGAGCCCAUCAUUCGUCACCUCGCCAGCAUUGCUCCUCAACUAACCAUUCGCCGCGUCGUGUCCUCAUUGAAGUGGCUCUGCGCCAUCGGCCUGGUCAAGCAUGUCAAUUCAUGGCUCAAUUCACUCGCAACCAAUGGCUGGAGCAUCCGUAGCGAUGCCAAUCGCUGGGUCUGGUCCCAGGAAAUUGCCGUUGUGACCGGCGGUUGUGGCGGUAUCGGCGAAGUAGUAGUGAAUGGUCUCAUCCAGCGCGGCGUCAAGGUGGCUAUAUUAGAUGUGCAACCUCUGCCUAAAAGACUGGAACAUUCAAAUGUUUUCUUCCAGCACUGCGACAUCACCGACCCUGAUGCCGUCAACCGUGCAGCAGACCAAAUCAGGUCCACCUUGGGUCAACCUUCGAUCCUGGUCAACAAUGCGGGCAUUGGCGCCUCUCAUACCAUUCUCAACACUAGUCCUGAACAUCUGAACAAGAUUUUCGGGGUCAAUCUGUUCUCUCACUGGUAUACAUGCCAAGCUUUCUUGCCGGACAUGAUCAAGCACAACAAGGGCCAUGUCGUCACUGUCGCCAGUACCGCCAGCUUUGUGGCCCUGCCGAACAUCGCCGACUACGCUGCCACAAAGACCGGCGCUCUUGCUUUCCACGAAGGCCUUACCCAAGAGCUCCGCCACCGCCAUGGGGCCCCCAAUGUCCACACCACCGUCGUUCAUCCCAGCUGGACUAGUACGGCUCUCAUCGCCCAUCACGCCAAAGAACUUGAGCGCCACUACGGCCCUCUCCUGACGCCCGCAUCUGUGGGCAAUUCCAUCCUGGAGCAAAUUUUUGCCUGCCGUGGAAACCAAUUGAUAUUGCCCAAACCCCACUCGUUCCUUUCAGGCUUCAGAGGAUUACCCAACUGGAUGCAGGAGAAGUUCCGAGACAAUGCAAGCAAGGCACGCAUGGGUGAUGGCACGAAGCUUUGA